AUCAGACGCAGUCCUGCGUGCCGGAGUCUUGCAGCCGUCUCCAGCCCUCACACGGGAGCUCUGCCCUGCUCUGCUCCAGCUCCACCUCCGCCCUUGCUCCCUGCUGCUGACCCAGGCUCAGAAGAUGGAUGGUGCAGGGCUGAGCUGGCUGGAGAAUCGCUCCCUGCCCCUGUAUCCUGAGCUCAGACCUGACCCACUCGACAGGGAAGUCUCCUGCCUGCAGCUGGCAGCCAUGAGGAACGUGAACAUCAUCCUGCAGCACUACAACUUCACCGGCAAGCUGACCAACCGGCGGGCCGGGGCCGAAGGGAUGGGUCUCAUCCGCACCACCUUCGCCGUCAUCAGCUGCAUCAUCAUCCUGGAGAACCUGCUGGUGCUGCUGGCCGUGCUGCGCUGCCUGCGCGCCCGCCGCUGGGUCUACUCCUGCAUCGCCAGCAUCACCCUCAGCGACCUGCUGGCAGGGGUCGCCUACCUGUGCAACCUCUGCCUGUCGGGCGGCAAAACCUUCCAGCUGUCGGCCCAGCUGUGGUUCCUGCGGGAAGGGAUCCUCUUCGUGGCGCUGGCUGCCUCCACCUUCAGCCUGCUGGUGACGGCCGUCGAGCGGUACAGCGCCAUGGUCCGGCCGAUCGCCGAGAACGAGGCCAGCAAGACCCUGCGGCUGCGCAGCCUCAUCGUGGGCUGCUGGCUGCUGGCGCUGGUGCUCGGCUUGCUGCCGCUGCUGGGCUGGAACUGCCUCUGCGACCUCCGCGCCUGCUCCGUCCUCCUGCCGCUCUACUCCAAGAACUACAUCCUCUUCUCCGUGGUCAUGUUCAGCAUCAUCCUGCUGGGCAUCGUCGGCCUCUACAUCUCCAUCUUCCAGCUGGUCCAGGUCAGCUCGAAGCAGAGCAGCUCCCGGCACGGCCGCAAACGUUCGCUGCGCUUGCUCAAGACUGUGCUGAUCAUCCUGGGAGCCUUCAUCGUCUGCUGGAGCCCUCUCUUCGUCCUCCUGCUCUUCGAUGUCUUCUGUGAGAGCCAGACCUGCGCACGGCUUCACAGCCUGGACUGGACCUUGGCUCUGGCCAUGCUGAACUCGGGCAUCAACCCUGUCAUUUACGCGCUGCGCAGCGCGGAGGUGCGGCGCGCCGUGGGCAGCCUGCUCUGCUGCUGCUGCGCCAGGCUCGGGCUCUGCCAGCCUGCCAGCUGCGUGCUCAUGGCAGACAUCAACUCUGGCUCGUCCACAGAGAGCUCCCUGCGCUACCGGGAGAGCUUCCGUGGCUCCGCGGUCCGGAACGUCCAGCCCAGAGCGCCUCUGUCCAGCAACUCCAGCAUGAUGAGCAACCUGCCCAGCCUCUGAGCCGAGCCAGAGGGUAGCGAGCAGCUCACCCACACCUCAGGCUGCUGGUCCUGGGCGGGCACAGCUGUCGCCUGCCGGCAGCUGAGGCUGAGCCGGGGCAGCCCCAGCACACCUGGUAACCGUGGCCAAGCUUUUCAGCCCCUUCAGCCUGGCUGCAGCACAGGGACAGGUGGAGUGAAGGCCACAGGCACAUGUUGGCACUGGUGGUUAUUAGGUGGACUCUGCUCCGUGUGUGCAUGUAAAUAGAUGCUGUACCUGCCCAAAUGAGAGGGUUUUGCCCCAAGGCACACUGACAUACAGGGUGGGUAUUGCCAACCAGACUGUUCCCCAACAGUGCCUUCUGUGUAAGGACCCCAGGAGCCUGAGCAGCCACAGAGACUGCUUCUGCUGCCCCACAGCUGAGCACUGCUGCCUUGGUCACUCUGAAUGCCCUGCAGCAACUGCCUGCCUGCUGCCCCUGGCCCUGCCAGUUUGCUGACUGGCACCUCUGAAGCAGCAGGAGAGGCCCCAGGCUGCUGCAGCUUCACAGAGAGAAAGCUUAGGAGGCUGCCAGACUGUGCAUGGGCACAGCCCAGCUGGCAGCAAAGUGGUGCGUGGAGCUUGGGGAACUGCUCCAAGGGCAAGGCUGGCUGGGGCCAACAGAGGCUUCUGCAGGGCUUGGAGACCUUCACAGCAGGGCUGGGGGCUGUGGUAGGAGCCAAGUGGCUCUAGAAGGUCGUGAGGAGCCAACAGGGCAUGCAGAAUGCCUGCAGCACAGGGAAGGGGAGAGAAGGGGCACAGUGACACCCACGUGUGAGGCUUGCAGGUUGCAGGAGCUCACUGGGGCCAGGCUUCCCCCUUGGUGCUCAGAGGUCUGUUCUGUGCCGCAGAAACCAGCUGGCUCCAGACCAGUCUCGUUCCACACUCGGUCUGGUAGAGCCCCGGUGGUGCCCAGCUGGCACUGCCAGCUUGCACCUCAGAUUCCUGCUCUUCCAUUCCCUAACCAAGAGAAAGAAUCAGAGCAGCACCCAAACGCCUCCUCUCACCGUGCAAGGAGACCAAAGCCACCCAAGCAAGGGAGAAGGAGAAGCUCCUGAGGGCUCGAAGCCUGCUGGCCCAGCCCCUCAGCAGGAGGGGCCGAGCUUGCAGCCCAUUUGUUCUGCAAUAAAUCCAGAGCUGAGCAAGCCCCUGGCUGAUUUGCUGCGGUCUGAUGUGAGAGAGAAGGGUCUGAUGGGGGCAGGGGGAGGCGCUUUGAUGGCUACAGAAUUGGUUGAUCAUUCAGAGCCCAUGUUGAGAUGCAGAGCAGAGAUAAGUAGCAUCCC